GGCACUGGGGCCCCGAGCUUUUCUGGGCGGGGGGCGCCGGGGGCCUUCCUGGGCGUCCUGUUCUCCGGAGCGCUGACCAGCCGCUGAGCCAGCCUUCGAGCAUGGCCGCCCUCUGACCGCCGCGGCCCCCUGCCGCCGCCGCCCGCUGCCCCCCUCGCCCCUGCCCACUUGGGCCCCCCUGUUCCGCCUGCGCUGUGCCCCCCCCAGCCGCCGGCACGGCCCCGCCCCCGCUGCCCCGGUGGUGGCCCGCGGCCCCCCGGCUGCCCGAGUUCAAGCUGGAGUCGCUGAAGCGCUGGAACGAGGAGCAGCGGGGCCUGUGGUGCGAGAAGGGUGUGCAGGGGCUGCUGACCACCGUGGGCGCCUUCGCGGCCUUCGGCCUCAUGACCAUCGCCAUCAGCACUGACUACUGGCUCUACACGCGCGCCUUCAUCUGCAACACCACCAACGUCACGGACGAGCCGGCGCGCGGCCCGGGUGCCUCCGACAAGAAGGACCCCGGGGGCCUCACGCACUCGGGGCUCUGGAGGAUUUGCUGCCUGGAAGGGCUGAAAAGAGGCGUCUGCGUGAAGAUAAACCAUUUCCCGGAGGACACGGACUACGACCACGACAGCGCGGAGUAUUUGCUCCGAGUUGUCCGGGCCUCCAGCAUCUUCCCUAUCCUCAGUGCCAUCCUGUUGUUGCUUGGGGGUGUGUGCGUGGCCGCGUCGAGGGUCUACAAGUCGAAAAGGAACAUCAUUCUGGGCGCCGGAAUCCUGUUCGUGGCAGCAGGCCUGAGCAACAUCAUCGGCGUGAUCGUGUACAUCUCGGCCAACGCGGGCGAGCCGGGCCCGAAGCGGGACGAGGAGAAGAAGAACCACUACUCGUACGGCUGGUCCUUCUACUUCGGCGGGCUGUCGUUCAUCCUGGCCGAGGUGAUCGGCGUGCUGGCCGUCAACAUCUACAUCGAGCGCAGCCGCGAGGCGCACUGCCAGUCUCGCUCGGACCUGCUCAAGGCCGGCGGGGGCGCGGGCGGCAGUGGCGGGAGCGGCCCCUCGGCCAUCCUCCGUCUGCCCAGUUACCGCUUCCGCUACCGCCGCCGCUCCCGCUCCAGCUCCCGCUCCAGCGAGCCGUCGCCGUCGCGGGACGCGUCUCCCGGCGGCCCCAGCGGCCCGGGCUUCGCCUCCACGGACAUCUCCAUGUACACGCUCAGCCGCGACCCGUCCAAGGGCAGCGUGGCCGCGGGGCUGGCGGGCGCCGGCGGCAGCGCCUACGGGGGCGCGGCGGGGGGCGCGGGCGCGGGCGGCGGGGCGGCGGGCGCCGAGCGGGACCGCGGGGGCGCGGCGGGCUUCCUCACGCUGCACAACGCCUUCCCCAAGGAGGCGGGUGGCGGCGUCACCGUCACGGUCACCGGGCCGCCGUCGGCGCCCGCGCCCGCGCCGCCCGCGCCGCCCGCCGCGCCCGCGCCCGGGACCCUGGCCAAGGAGGCGGCCGCGUCCAACACGGGCACGCUCAACAGGAAGACCACGCCGGUGUAGGCGGCCGGGGCCGGGGGUGCGGCCGGGCGCGUGCGCGGGCGCGCGUGCAACGCGGCUGCGGGGCCGGGGGCGCCCCCGCCUUCCCGCCUGCGCGCUGGAGACUGCGGGGCCUCCCGGCCGAGCAGGGACCCCGGGAGGGCGCCCGUGGGAGGGGGCGUCGUGUUUUAUUUU